AGCUUUCGCAACUACGAAACAAAUCUUGAACCUAUUCCUACAAAAUAUCUACAACAGCGGUGUACUCUCAGCCUUUGCCCUAACUGUUAGUUGAACAGUACUAGGCCUAGAAGAAGAAGCAGCUGAUAGGUACAAAAAUUUGAGCAAUUAAAAGGAUCUUCUGGUAGUGCACAUCACAGUUUAUUUUAGAAGUAAAAUUUUUUGAACGGCAAGAUAGAACGUUAUCAUUGAAGGGAACAAAGUACAACUUUAUUCAUCGUAUCCCAUUGCAUAUACUUGUCGAAUAAAACAUCAAGACAAAAUGAGUCGGCCCGCGCCUCGGAGUACCUUCCAGAAGCCGGAGAAUGCGCUUCGUCGGGCGAAGGAACUCGAUUCGGUGGGAAACCACGAAGAUGCCCUGGCUUUGCUCGGUAGGAUUAUACUUUUUGAAUCUAUUCCAAGCAAGUCUUGCAUUAUUUUUUUCUUACUGUAAGUCCGCAUUACAAAUUUUAUUUCUCAUGCGGAGGAAAUUUGUAAUGCAUUUGUACAGGUGACGUGAUGGGCAAUCGGAAGUUCAAGAACAGCAAUACGUUGCACGUAAUGGAGCAGAUUGCCAUCUUCGCCCUCGCGGGCCUGUCCGUGCCCCUGAAGGACCUGAAAUCCGCCCGGGACAUUCUGAUCAACUACCGUUCCAUGACGCAAACCACGGCGACGUCGUCCCUGGAAAAGGUGGUCCGCGAGUUUCGGUCCGCGGCGGAAAAACUCGUGACCGACAGCAAGGAGAAGGCGUCUUCCCUCGCCAAGGGUUUAGAUGAUGCCCCGGAGGACCUGGAAACGCUGGACACCCCGGACAACGCGCUGCGCAAAGCGCUGAAGCCCAAGAACGUCCGGGAGCAGGAGAAGAAGGAGCGGGAGGUAUCCUAAGUAAAAAUGCCCCCACCCCAGAGUUGUCAUGCAAAUCUGCAUGCCAAAAAAGUUUCUCAUGCGGAGCCCCAUGAGAACCAUUGUCUAAUCCUUUUUUGGAAUUUGUGAUGCUAGGAUCAGCAUGAUAUGUAGUGAGGUCACCGAACGGUUCUAACCAGGGAGUUUUUUUGACAUAUACCCUACAAAACGACCGGCACUUUUCAAGCGACCGGAAGCGUUUUUUAACAUAAAAAAUUCCAAUUAUCAAGCGGCCUUGGCUGACCUGGCACCGAAUCGCCAGCGGAUUCUAUCGGUCGCCGCUUGAAAAAACGACGCAGAGGAGCCAGCAAAAGGAGCGCCAUUCUGAGGCGCCCACCGCCUUAGUUUCUGGCGGUUUGGGGCGCCCAAAAGGGCGCCUGGAAAAAACGCGCCCAAAAUCAGAACAGCGAAACAGCAUGGCACGGCCGCGAUUUCGGAGCAUUUUUGGCGGCCGCGAAAGCGGCCGCGUUUUCGCCGGUUUCAGAGCCUCGGAAGCUUUGCAAAAAGCGCCGGCGCGAAAAAUAAAAACGCAAAAAAGAAAAAGCGCGCCAGACGCGCAAAGCCAAUCCGCAUGUUAUGGGCCCGAUUUUUCUUCGCUUUUUGGGCGCCCCCCGUGGCACCCGGAUCGGCCCCAUAGCAUGGGGGCUGGCUUUCUGAAAGGAAAAUCGGGAAUUUGCCAAAAUUUGCGACGUUUAUCAAGCGGCCGCCAUAGCGUGCGGCCUAACGUUACUCACGGCGGUAUGGCGAGCCCAGAAAAAGCAAAGCCGCGGCCAAGGCAACGGCCGGCAAGAAAACGCCCACGACCUCACUACCUCCGCCCCGGCGGCUAUAUUUGGUAUGCUACAUCUGUGAUGCUUCGGAGCUAGCUAAACAGGAUUCCACUACGAGGAUAAACUUGUCAUGCGAAACAACCAGAGGUGGCUGAUUUGUCUAGCGGAUUUCCCAUCUUGACUCUGGUGUGGGGAGAUUUUUACUCAGGAUAGUCGGUGCUGGAAAACAUCCGGUUCAUGUGGGAAACCUACAAGCAGAUUCUGGACGUUUUCAAAACCAACGGGAAGACGGAAGACUUGUAUUUCUAUUUAUACUUGAAUUCAUUGUUUUCAUACUUAUUACUUACACAGCAGGGGCUACAGUUUGUUUCUGGAUUUGUGGUCUGUCUUCAGGUAUGGUUUGUUUUUGUCAUGCGAGUUGUAUUGGAUGAACCACGAAAUCCACUAAACUCCUUCCAGGUACAACGAAACCGCCCAGCGCGCCCUGACCUUCUGCAUGGAGAACCGCCGAACGAACGAAUUUAAAAAGUUGUGCGAUCUCCUGCGAAACAAUUACCAGAACCUGUUCAAGCGCGCAUCCGCUACCGGAGUCUACCCACCGCAUGCGGUAAUAUCUAAGGGGUUUUUUCCUCGAAUAAAAGUUUGAUGUGCUCAUGCAGAAUCCACUCAUCAGUUUCUUUUUGUCAUGCGAGACGUGUGGUCACGUUGAAAGAAAAUCUUCAUUUUCACAGGUUAACCCGACGGACAAGGACACAAUCGGGCGAACCAUCGACACACGGUGCUUUCAGCUGAAGGUUUCCGGCGAAUUAGCGCUCUGGAAGGAAUGCUUCAACACCGCGGAGGAUCUUUAUUCCCUGAUGACAAAGAGUACUAUACCGAUGUUGCUUGCAGUUUUGGCGCGAAGAUGAUGAAGUUUUUGUCAUGUACAGCCCGCGAAACUAGACAAUACUUAGAGCAUAUGAACAAGAUCUACUUGUUAGCGCCGCAGUUAAGUGAUUCGCUUUUCACCUAUCCCGUACUAGCUGAUUCAUUUUCUGUUAUGAAAAAACCUAAAACCCAGCAGCAUACAUUACUCCUGUAUACAAAACAAAACAACAGAAAAACCGCGUGCCGCCACGCUGGCGCAGUACUACGACUUUUUGUCGCAGAUCUGUUUCAAGUCUGGGUCCUUUUUAUUCCACGCCUACGCCCUGGUCCGCAACUACACCCUGCACAAGAUCAACCAGAAGAGUUUCCAAGGCGAGGAAAAGACCCGCAUGGCGAGUAUCGCGGUCCUCGCAACCAUGUGCGUUUCUGGGCAUUUGCACGAGACUGGGGAAUCCUUCGGGCCCGACCAGGCGGAGGUGGAGAAGCUGCGCCGCAUGGCCCAGCUGUUCAACGUGGCCACCGUGCCCACGAAGAACACGUUGAAGACGGACUUGCAAAUCCGGGAAAUCCUCAUCGACGCGCUUCCCGCGGUGCGCAAAUUGUACCAGCUGAUCGAGCUCGCGCCGCAGGUCGGCAAGGGUUUCUUGUAUUCGAAGGACAUCUGCGCCAAGUGCAAGCCGAUGUUGGACGAGCUGCGAGCAAACCCGGACACGGCCGUGUAUGUUGAUUGAAUUAUUGAUGUUAUAGGAUUUAGGAUUUUUGCAUGAAUUGAUAUGUUGCGGGGGCCACAUGGUAGUUUGAUGCGACGUGAACAAGUCCGGGCAGCUUCUAAACAGACAAUCUAAAUGAUGCUAAAUCAUAAAUAAUCUUGAUCUUUUGCAGGCAGCGAACAUGAAAUGGUAGGUCCCUACCUCACACAUCAACCGCAAAUAACAUGGAAAAAAAUCCUACAAAUACAGGUACUGUGACCAGCUCCAGAAGGUGAUCUUUUUCCGUCUGCUCGGGCAGCUGGCACGGGUGUAUUCCACCAUGACCGUGGAGCAGCUGAAGAAAUUGUGCCAGCCCAUCGUUGACUUCCCGACCGCCGAGAAGUGGAUGAUCAGCAGCGCGCGCGACAGCGGCGUGCACGUGCAGUUGGACUACGUUCGGGCAGUGGUGGUUUUCGGUAUUGAUAGAUGAUAAUACGAAAGAACUUUUUACAUGGGUGGAAUUUUGUGAUAGGGUGGAUAGAUCUAGCACCGCGUGCCCUUUGUAAUGUUUUACUACUUACACAUACGCCAUUUCUUCUUGCCACAGAUCACAUUUCGUGGUCGAGUUGUUUGGUGUCAUUCAGUUUUACUUACUUACUCCCGCGCAUUACAAACUGGAAAUACAAGAACCCUUCACGACCCUGAAAAUACAAACCAUUCAACAGCCAACAAGACGUCCAACGAUUUGUCCACCCUCCGGCAGCCGUUGAUCAACAUGAGUGACACCACGUUAGGGCAACUGGCCAAGGUCUUCCCCGGGUUGGAGCAGUCCAGGAAAGCGGACCAGCGGUCCGAACUCUUCGGCGUGCUAAAGGACAAAAAGGAGAAGGAGCAGGUGGAAAUCGAGAACCGCGUGAACGAGAUCGAGCGGCGCAACAAGGAAAAGGCGGAGAACGAGAAGGUGGAACAGGAAAGGAAGGAGCGCCAGGUGCUGCAGCAGAAGGCCCGCGACCAGAAGGACACGCAGGCGCGGCUCGAGGCCGAGAAGAAACGCCGGGCGGACGAGGCGGCCAAGAGCAGGCGAAACGACCUGGACAAGCGGCGCAUGAUGGAAGUAAUUGAGGAACUGCGGAAAAUUUACUACGAGCAAAACAUCAAGAUCGGGGAGUACAAUCUGAACGACAUUUCAGAGCAGGACUUGGAAAAGCUCGAACUCACCUUCAUCGAACAAGAGCGCACACGGAUCAUCCAGAAGGACCGCACGGACAAGGUGCGCCAGAGGAAACAGGAAGCCAAGCGAGUAGACCACCUGGCCCGCGCGUUCCGCCUGAUCGCGGCCGACAAGAUCCCGGAGAAAGCGGAACUUUUGCGGGAGGAGCAGGAAGAAAUCCUGGCAAAACUCGAAGAGGAAAAGAUCGCCGCCGCAAAACUCGAAUUCGAGAGAAAUUCGGAGAAGAAGAAACUCGCGGUAUUUUUUCAUAGAAUUGAUUCUACUAUGUUGUCGGCUGUAGUUUGAUACUUGUCGAUUUGUACUAUUUACUCGCAGUGGUACUGCCCCAGCGUUUGCAUAAUAUCAUCAUGUAGACCACCAGGUAAGUGGACUAAUGCAGUGCAUAGAAUUAUUGACAAGUGAUCUUCUCUGCUACAAUGAGACAAAUGUUCAACAUCACAAAACCUUCUUAGAUCGCCGCCUUGGCCGGCAUCAAAGCGUGGCAGGACGUGCACAUCGGCAAGAGGGAGGUCGAGUACCAGGAGAAGCUGCGAUUGAAACAGAAACAGGAGUGGGAGAAGAAGUGCAUGCGGGCGGUGCGGGCGUAUAUGAUGGACAUGGAACAGAAGGAGCGGGAACGGGAAGAGGCAGAGGAAGAGGAGCGACUCAUGCGGGAGGCCGAGGAAAAGGAAGCGAAGGAGCAGGCAGACAGGGAAGCCAGGUUGGAAGCCAGAAAAGCACAGGAGGUAUAGAACUUCUAUGAUAUAAAUACAGGCGACGUUUGUCAGUAUUGAAAAAUGGUUCACAGCGGUUAUGUGCUGUCGCUCAUCUAACAUUUGUCAAUAGCUUCAACAUCAUGCGCGGAGCAAGUCUUUUUGUACACUAGCGUGUGUAUUUAUUCCUGUUGGUGUUGUCUGCAUUAUUUCUUUGCUCCGCUUGUUCACCGUAAGUAUGCGAAAACGGAGUAGCAUUUCUGGAAAAACCCAGAAUAUAAACCAUUCUCUCCAUCGAUCUCUAUCAAAGGCCGAGCGUGAGCAGAACAACCGCGACAUGGACAAGGGGAAGCGUGAGGACAAGGGUGGCAAGUCCUCCGCACCCCACGCCAACGGGAACAGCAGCAACUGGCGGGACGAGGAACCGCGAGGUGGAGACAAGGGGAAAUCCUCGAUGAAAGCGAACGGGGACAGCGGGAAGUUCAGCUCAAGUCGAGGAGACAAGGACGGGAAAGACGGCAAGGGAUCAUCGUUCGGGAAGUCCGACAGGUUCGGGGGGAAGGACAACAAGGACAGCCGAAAGGACGACGACCGCGAUUUCGGAAAUUUGCGGGACCGAGGGAGCAACGAAAGGUCCUUCGACGACCGUCCCUUCGGGGCCAAGCGGGGCGACAAGGGCAAGGGCAAAAACGACCGCCGAAUGGACGACGGGGACGACUGGCGAGGGGCCCGCGGCGGCGCCGCACCCGAGCGAGGGGAAAAGGAACCGCCAGCAGAAAAGAGUGAAGAGGGCGGAGCGGGAGCAAGGUACUGUCACUUUUACAAUUUUUCACCACCGUGAAGUUGAUUUUCCAAUGCUGGUGUUGUUGAAGUUGAUUUAUCGCAAAUAAAGGGAAGAUCAUACACAAGAACUGUGCAUGCUCUUGAUUGUAAUUCGCGACAUCAUUAUUUUCAAAAAGAGCAUUAAUUCAUUCCCAUUUUCAAAAAACAACAGACCCAUCCCCGCCUGGAAAAAAUACGCCAUGGAAAAGAAGAAAGGUGCUCCACCGGCUGAGGGCGCAUAGACGAGGAGCAGUGCCAACAUGUUGCUGGGUAUAGCUUGGUACGGUGAUAUGAGAAAAAAACAAACAUCUUCAACACUAUUCUAUGCACAAAACGUCGAAAUGAAAAGAACAACCUCAAGGUCGAAAAAUGAAAAGUAACAGUUACAAUUUUUUCUGUAGCACUGGGGUAUCAUGGCACGAAGAUGCGAGGGGACAGCGCGAGGUUUAAAUAAAUCCGUUCCCCUUGUCGUCUCGAUUGACCGGUGCUAUGUGCAGAUAUUGCAGCGCACUGUAUCCGGUGUAGUGCGAUUGCAAAAAAUGAAAGUGCAGUAAAAGAAAAUUCUCAAGAAGUAUCUUCUACUAUCAGCUUGUGUUUAUCCGAUUCAUUGUUACUUACACCGAAGAUGUUGGAAAGUAGGCGUUUUAUCACUCUGUUUCACACGACUGAAAUGGCGAUUCAGAACGACACAUGUACGACAGACCAGAUAAUUUUGCGUUGGUGAAGAAACUGGCAAAUCUAAACAAAAGAAAUGGCGCAGUUUCAAAAUGAUCACCAGUAUUAAACUAGCUGAUGGGACGAAGAUAAAGUUGACAACGACAACCUAUAAGACUUAUUGGUAUCACAAAAAAGCAACCCUCACUGCAUCUACUUCUCCGGACGACUAAAUACUUUUCACAACAUCUUUCACAACCACGGCGAAAUAAAACUGUAGCGCGGGGGACAUUGUCCAAGCAAAAACUUUUAUCAUGUGUAACAACUUUUACUCGUGUCUAUCUCUAAUGGUACAGUAUCACUAGAAUGUAACAUAAAUGGGAAGACUUUUCAUCAGCGGAUUGCAGAAGCCCAAAUGUACGAGCAGAAGAUAAAGUUCCAAAACAACUUCUGGAUUCAGCAUUGGUUUCAUCCACUUUUCUGAUUUCUAGACUUUACAUGAUGUAGAUGGUGCUAUUAAAGCCGCGACUUUAUUUUGCGGAUCAUCGAGACCUUCGCAGC